CGUGACCCGCCGCCCGUCCUGUCAAACAGGUCGGUCAGAGAGAGACGGGAAAGACAGACGGACGCCGACACAGAGAGACCGAAGCAGACGCGGCGAUGUCGGACGUGGUGGAGCUGCACAGCGGGGAAUGAAUGGGAUUUGUGUUUCCAGUUUGCGACCGAUUGGGAGAAAAUGCAGAGAAGGCAUAGCAGCAAUGCUGACAACCUCCCACCAGAAAGGACAAGGAGUCAGACAGUUGGUUCAGAGACCAGUGUGGAUGAGAGUGGUGUUUUUGAAGGACUCAAACCUGAAAACCCAUCCCCUCAACAGCUGUUUUCUGGUUUGACAGGUCUGCAAUCCGGCCCAAUAACUGCCACUUCCUUCCCGUCUGGUCUAGUUUUGGGAUCCUCUCUAGGUGCAUCAGUUGGAAGUGGAGAUGUGUUUCUUCAGAUGACCCCCCAGGAAGAAGGCAGCAUUCGCACAGAGAAUAUGCAGUAUCAUCACCGGCACCACCAUUACCAUCACAGCCACCAUCGGCCCUCACUGCUCCACGUGUCUGGUGACCGACACGGAGGUACAGAAGAUGGGACUGAUGACCCUGGAACCCCAGCCCCAGCACUUUCCGAGCUCAAAGCAGCCGUCACAUGGCUUCAGAAGGGGCUUCCAUUCAUUUUAAUAUUGCUGGCUAAAGUUUGCUUUCAACAUAAGCUUGGUAUUGCUGUAUGUGUUGGAAUGGCGAGCACCUUUGCAUAUGCAAACAUCACUGUCAAACAUCAAGUUUCUUUAAGAGAGAAACGAUCAAUCCUUGUUACUCUGUGGAUACUCGUGUUCCUUAUCGGGAACACACUAUUUGUCUAUUACACCUUCAGCACCCAGCAGCUCUAUAUGAGUCUGGUAUUCCUGAAGACAAGUCUGGAAAGCAUGGAUUUCUUUGAUCUGCUUUGGAUUGCAGGAAUCACCGAUUUCGUGCUAAAAUACAUUACAAUUGGUCUGAAGUGUCUGAUCCUUAUUCUGCCCAGACUCAUCUUAGCUUUCAAGUCACGGGGCACAAUUUACCUACUAAUAGAAGAAAUGAGCCAGCUGUUGAGAUCCUUGAUACCUAUCCAGCUGUGGUAUAAGUACAUCAUGGCAGGAGAUGCCUCCAGCAGUUACUUGAUGGGAGGCCCCCUAAUUGUUCUGUAUAGUCUCUGCAAGUCCCUGGAUGUGUGCGGCCGGGUAGGCGGUAUGAGAAAGGCCUUGAAGAUCAUGUGUAAAUCGCAGAGCUGUGGUGUACGAGCUACCAGCCAGCAGUGCAGUGAAUCUGGAGAUAUCUGUCCAAUCUGCCAGGCAGAAUUUAGAGAUCCUGUGAUGCUGAUUUGUCAGCACAUCUUCUGUGAGGAGUGCGCCUGCCUGUGGUUUGACCACGAGAGGAGCUGUCCAUUGUGCCGAACCGCUGUCACUGAAACCCUGCGGUGCUGGAAGGACGGCACCACCUCCGCUCACUUCCAGGUGUACUGAGGUCCUGAUGCCCAGCGAAACCCUCCUCCCUCGGGGGGGGUGGGGGUAGGGGGGGACGUGGCUGGAUCAGCUGUGACAUGGGCAAGAAGCCAGAGCCGUCUCCCCCUCCAACCCACCCACCGAGCACAAACGUGUCCUCAAACUAACGAUUUGAAGUCGUCCCGUUUCCUCCAUCGUUAUUUAUUUAACAAAUGUGUUACACAUUUUUGUUACGUGUCUUUUGUUAAAGACAGUUCGUGUUUA